AUGGCGAGAAAGAGGAAGAACACCGAGCCAGAAGUUUCUGGUAUGAGCUCAGGUGCAAGCUCAGUUGGGCAUGUAGGGAAUGAGGGAGUGGCUGCAUUUGGUGGCAUUCGACGUGCCAGAAAGCGAUUCGUGGGAGUUCGUCAGAGGCCUUCCGGUCGCUGGGUAGCAGAGAUCAAGGACACAAUUCAGAAGAUAAGAGUGUGGCUUGGCACAUUCGAUACCGCUGAAGACGCUGCUCGAGCCUACGAUGAGGCUGCUUGUCUUCUUCGUGGCGCCAACACUCGAACAAACUUCUGGCCUUGCUCUCCAUCGCAGCACUCUGCAACUUCUGUUCUCCCUUCAAAGAUCACUAAUCUUUUGCUCUUAAGGCUCAAGGCAAGGAAUGGCCUUGCCUCGCCUGAAAAUGAGCAAGAACAUGGACUACAAGAAUAUGAACUACACCAAUCAGCACCAACACAAGACUUGCUAUGCCAACAGAAGCAACAUCAGCAUCAACAGCAGCCUUAUAUAGGUGAAGAAGAAGAGGGAGAGGAGAGUGGUGAUAUCCACUUUACUGACUUCUUGAAUGAUACAAAUUUUGAUACAAGUGAUGGUCAAGAUGUCAUAUAUGAGAGCGUUCAGAAUGUAUGUAAUGAAUACAGAGAUCACUCGGGUGAAGUUGGACAGGUUGGUGAAUGUUCAGGAGGAGGAGAAGAGGGAGGUAUUGACUUGAGUGAGAUCGACUUCCAGUUUGAUGGCAUGGAUGAUUCUUCGUUCUGUUUUUAUUCACCUUUCGAGAUUCCAGGAGCAAUCGAAGAGGGGAUAGAGGAGGAAGAGGACUGUACUGGGGAUGAGCCAUCGAUGAUCAGAGCAGCGAUGAAGAGGAUGAAGUAUGAGAGGAAGAUAUCUGCGUCGCUUUACGCACUCAAUGGCAUAUCAGAAUGCUUGAAGAUGAAGGUUAAUGAGACCUCAAGAGGAGGCAGAGGGAGUUUUGCUGAUAAUCUCAGUUAUCUCAGCAAUGCAUGCAGGAAUCAGCAAGAGGGAAACGUGAAAGAGGAAAGAGAUACUGUCCAAAGCCAGCAAAACCCAACACUUUCUUCUGAAUUGUCAUCUUCUUCGGAUUCAGGUUCAGGCUCAAUCACUGAUGGCGAGCUGUCGAUUUGGAGCUGCCUUGAUCCUAUUUGUUAUGUUACAUAA